UUCUGAGCUAUCGUCGAUUUGGUCGGGGAAAAAAACAAAAGAAAUAGGAAUACAAUUCUUGACUGAGGUUGAUGAAAUAUAUACAGCCACAAGCUCAACCUUAUAAGAGCAUGUAAUUAUAUUAUUGUUAUUAUAUUCUUAUUCCACUGGUUUAAUAUUAGCAGUGUCUUCUACUGAUUAGGUGCAGAAAUACGACCUCAAAUCUGAUUUGAAUCUGGCUUAAACAUUUCCCUGGUUGUCGGCAUUCUUAUUGGUUUAUUUUGUUUGUUUUAUUAAUGUCCCUGGAGGUAGCUUGUUUGUCUUUUAGACAGCCUUAUGCAGGGCUCGUGCUGAACGGCGUGAAAUCUGUAGAGACACGAUGGCGCCCACUGCUGGCAGAGAUGAAGAACUGCACUUUGGCUAUCCACAUUGCACAGAAGGACUGGGAAGGAGACGACUGGAGAAACAUUCUCACAGAUAAUUGUGCAAUGAAACAGUCAAAAGUACAAGAGCUCCUGGAAUCGGGGGACAGGUUUGGCCGUGGUGUCGUGGCAGGUCUUGUGGAUGUUGGAGAAACAUGGAUCUGUGCUGAAGAUGUGUCUCCAGAGCAAAUGAGAGAGCUGGAAACCGCAGCUUGUCUCACUGGACUGGCCAAAAAAUACCUCACGAGACUGUCCAGGCCACGCUGGCUCACAGAGCCGCUGUAUUCAAGAGGCCGUAAAGACAUGUGGAUGGUACGGAUCCCAGCACAUCUGCUACCUUCUGAUCCUGAGUUCUUAUAGCAGUCAGUGAGACCUGCAGCGCUGUUUGUUUAAUGACGAUCUGAGUUCAUUGUACUAACUGAUGACUAUUCAUUUGCCUUUAACCUCUUCACAUUUUAACUGGCAUUAAAUGUUAUUCCUUUACUUGCCAUAAUUAGGCUGAUUUCAUCUGUAGAUAUUAAAUACAUCAGAUGUCUAAUAGCAACAUUGCUUCAGAAACCUUUUAUAUGUAACAAAGUUGUAAAAUUUGAGGAUUUUUUUUUUUUUUUUUUAGCAAACAUGAUGAAUUAGAAAGAAAUACAUAAAAUCCCACCAUCAUGAGCUUUCUUGUCUGUACGUUUACUCAAUCACUUUAUUCUGUUCACACCUGAGAUCACACCUGACUUGUUUACAGCAAAAAUAAAGAAAUCACAUAUUUAAAAUAAAAAAAUGUACUGGUCAAAAACAGCUGAACAUUAACAGUUGACCAAAAUAAAAUAAAACUAAAAUAAAA